AUGAAAUAAAAAGGAUUAACUCAAUAUUAGCUAGUAGAAGAGUCUCUGAUGAAGAUAGAUGACUAAAAAGCAGUAAAUAUUGACACAAUAAAUGAUUAAGAAAAUAUAUCACUGCCUUCUGAAUAAGGAUUAUGCAGUAAAGUUAAGUCAAAGUUUAAAGAUUUUCAUGAACUAAUAAAAAAACAUAAAUUAUAUGUAUGCACUGGACUCUCUAUUACAUUAAGUAUAAUUCAGUUAAUAUUCUAUUUUAACUUGAAAUCACAAAGAUGCCCUUAUUCGACAGAUGAUAAGUGUGGUAAGUAAUUCUUAAUCCCUAGUUUACCUAUAUGGGUUCCUAUGAUUUUGUUUAACUGCUGUGUUUAUAUAGCUUAGAUGCACAUGUUUAUUGAAAGAAGUACUACUACCAGAAUUGUAACAAUUUAUGGUAUGUUAUAAUCAAUUUAUCUCUUUUGCUUUAAUGACCAUACUAUCAACUUGCAUAUUUAUAUAGGAGCAAUGAAUGCCCUUCACAUAGUAUUUUCAAUAAUUUUUUCUAUAGUAUACUUUUUUGUUAGAGGAUGGCUUGAAAUGUAUAGGAGACUUAAAAAGAAAUGGGUAAUUUUUUCUUUGGCCUUUUUCCUGAUUUUAGUAUCUCACUUUUAUUUCAACAAACUUUCUUCUUCUUGUGAUUAUUGGUCUCAAGGAAUAAAUGGAUAAAUAGAAGAGAUAGAAGGAGUAUGCUCAGUGCCUGUACCUUCAUUAUGCUGGUAUAAAAUAACUCAUCACUGGUAAGAUUUCUCACUACUUUUAGAUGGUUGUGAUUCAGAGCCUGGAACUAAAGAAACACAAGAAGUAACAACUAAAUUCUUCUCUACCUCUGUAGGCGAUAGCAGAUACAUUGGUUUUACAAAUUUAAAUUAACACUCAGAGCUAGAUAGAACUGAUGAAAGAAUGCAGUAAACUGUAUUUAACUCUGCUAAAGGUUAUAAUACAGCUUUGGAGGCAGAAAUAGAUAAACAUGAUGUUAUCUUUGAUAGAUAGGAACAAAAGUAUUUGAUAAAUGUACAAUUUAAUAAAACUCUAUCGAAUGAAAGGAAGAAAAUUGCCGAAGAAUUGAAUGAAAAGCCUAUGACUAAGAAUAUUUUAUUAAUUUUUAUUGAUGCAGUAAGCAGAUAAUCAAUGCAUUUAAAAAUGCCAAAAACUGUGAAAUGGUUUGAAUAAAAUGCAUAACAACACAGCUACAAAAAGAGUAAUUAAACCAAGUUUGCAGAAGAGAAUAAAAGCUAGUCUUUUGAAUUCUAUAGAUUCAAUUCCUUAAAGCCUUUCACAUUUGAUAAUCUCUAAACCUUCUUUUAUGGAAAAAGUCUUAGAGAUGUUAUUUUACCAGAAAAUGAAAAAUUAGUUCCUUUAAUUGAAAAUGCAAAAAAAUAAGGUUAUGUAACAGGCCACACUAGCGAUUAUUGCCAAACUAUUUCAUUAGGAAUAGACGAAGAAUCAAUGAAUUAAAUGAAAUCUGUGAGAUAUGACCAUGAAACCUAGUCCUAUGCUUGCGAUCCUAACUAUUACGAUCCAGAUAGUACCUUUUCUCUAACUAAAGGUCCUUAUUCAUUGGUAAGAAGAUGCCUAUAUGGAAAAGCUUUGGCAGAGUAUCCUUUGGAGUAUGCUAAAAACUUUUGGUAAAAGUACUAAGAUAAUUAAAAAGUGUUUCAUUUAGAAUUUUUGUAUGGUCAUGAGGGAAGUGGUGAAGUGAUAAACCAUUUGGAUCAAUAUCUUUCCCAAUUCUUAAAUGAUAUGUCUAAAAGUGGAUUAUUAAAAGACACAACCGUUAUCAUGUUUAAUGAUCAUGGAUUACAUAUGUAAGGGCUGUUCUACAUCCUAAAACUCUAAAGCGUGUUCAUUGAGAUUAAUCUUCCAGGAUUAUUUAUCAACAUUCCCCCUGAAAUUAAUGAAAAAUACGGCAAUUAAAUUGCUCAAAACUAAUAAAACUUAGUUACAAUAUACAAUUUGCAUCACUUUUUUAAACAUUUAAUAUAUGGAGAGAACUAUCCAUAUGCAUAACAUAGUUUAUUUAGCCCUCUAGAUCAUCAAAAGACAUGUCAAUAAAUGAGCAUUUAAGAUAAUAGUCAUUGCUCAUGCAAGUGA